ACUAUUGAAAUUUGCUUUGAAAAGAAUGACUGAUUAUCUUGGGGCAGAACCCUUCUUACAUCCAGUAGACAAAAAUGAAUUCCCAGAUUAUGCAAAAUAUGUAGUUCAUCCUAUGGAUUUGAGCAAACUUGAGCAAAAUAUUAAAAAAAAUUUAUAUGGAUCCACAGAAGCAUUCAUUGCUGAUACAAAAUGGAUACUUCACAACUCCAUUAUAUACAAUUCAAUUCAUACAAAAUUAACCAGUGUGGCAAAAGGCAUUAUCAAAAUUUGUAAGCAGGAAAUGAAUGAAAUAGAAACAUGCCCAGAAUGUUAUCUUAAGGCAAAUACACACAAUGAUACAAAUUGGUUCCUUGAGGUGUGUUCACAUCCACAUAUGCUGGUUUGGGCAAAAUUGAAAGGUUAUCCGUACUGGCCAGCAAAAGCAAUGACUGUAUCAAAUGGCAAUUUAGUAGAUGUUAGAUUUUUUGGAGCACAUGAUAAAGCAUGGAUACCUAUGAAGGAUUGCUUGCUUUAUAGUGAGAAAGAUCCAAAUUUCAGUGAUAAAGGAAAACGCUCUGAUUUCAUCGAAUCACUUAGGGAGUUAGCUAUAUAUGUGAAAAAUCUUGAGCAAAAAUUUGGAAAAUUUUGUCAUGCACCAUUCAAAACUCCAUAUCCUAAUGAUCAAGCAGCUAUUUAUAGUAUAAUGCUACCUUCAUAUAAAUUCAAAUCAGAUAUUGCAAAUAAAAAAAUAAUAACAAAACAAAAAGUUUGUGACAUAACGGAUAAACUACUAGAGGACACAAAAGGUAACAUGAAAAUAAAUAAUUCGUUAGAUGAGGAUAGUUAUAUUGAAGGAUAUGAUACUGAAGAUGAGGAAGCACUAAAAGAUGUAUCAAAUGAAUCUGUUGAUAAUGUAAAUGAUAUGAAAAUUAAACAAACACCUUUGCGUGCACGUGUUAGAAUGAGAGGUGGUAAAAUUAAUUCAACAGGAAAAAUAAAGGUAAUAAAAAUUAUGAAAGAACAUAUGGAAGAUCAAGUGAUAGAAUCUCCAGAAUCUAUGAAAACUGAAUUUUCAUCCCAAAAAAAUGACGAUAAUGACACAAAAGCUACUGAUACUAUGAUGCAUAAUGAUAGUAAAACUAAUAAAAGAAAACUAAGUACAAACAGUCUAGAAGUGCAGGAGAAAAAAAUUAAGCCAGACGAUAUUCAAGAAACUGUAUCAGCAACACCCACUAAAAAUGUCAGCAAAAUUUCCAAAGAAAAGACUCCCGAAAUUAGUCAGAGUGUUUCAGUACUUGAUAAUAAAAGUGAUAAAGAUGAAGAUGUUAACUGCCUUGUAUCAGAGCAUGAAUUGAAUCCCAAUAAAGUUGCAGAAAGUAAUGCAGUUAAUACCCUCACCAUUGUAAACCAGCUACCUCAAAUUAGUAUAAUGGGGGUGUCGAAAUCAAAUUCAGUUAGUAAUAAAUUGAGCCCUGACACAAAUAAAAAUACUGAUGACAUAAAAACCAAUUCUAUUGCAAGAGUAGUAUUAAAGAAAAGAAAUAUGAUACAAGAAAAUAGCAGUUUUGUAAAAAGGGUUAGCAUCUCAAAAAUGAAUUCUAAUACUGAAACUAAUAACAAAUCAUCAGUGGAAGAACAUGCUUUGCAUAGAAUAAGUAAUAUUGAAAUUAAAAAGGCAUCCCCUUGCAAUGCUAUUGUUAUACCUGACAGCACAAUAUCCUCAUUAGAUGUUGAAAUUAAAACUGAACCAAUUGAUGAUUAUGAUAUCGAUAAAUCAUAUAAUGCAUCAGAAUCCACUACUGAGGCAUAUAUUGAUAAUUCUACAAAAAAGCAAUCUGCUAGAAAAUCUUUUCCCAAUAAACCCAAGAUGAAUAUAUCGCCUGCAACCAAAAAUAAUUCAAAGGAGUCGGGAAGUAUUAAUCCUGCGAGUAUGGUUUAUAUACCACAAAAUUCUACAGCACCUAAAGUGGAAGCAAAGUAUCAAGUAUCAGCAGCAUCCUCAAAUCAACAGCAAACAUCAGCAUUUGUGUUACCUAAAAGACAAGAAGCUUCUAUUAAGAUUUGUAAUACUCCAAGAAAUAAUUCUUCCACAAUUGAUAAUAGUACAGCUUUCAAAAGUGCUGAUCUCAUAGAAGAGCAUAAUUACAGACACACAAUGUACCUGUUGAAGAAAAGCAAGAAAAUAGAACUACUUUCGUUAUCAAGAUAUUUUCAAAAUUUGCUACAUCAAACAUUGGUUGAUUUUGGCAAUGCUGGUUCUACAGAUGCCCAAGUUAAAAAAUUACAAGCUGAUAUUGAAAGUUUGAAGUGGAUUCAUAAGCAAGAACUCAGUGAAAUAAAACACAAUACAGAGCUUAUAUUAUUAGAAAUAAGAAAUAGUUUUGAAAUAGAUAAUGCUCACAAUAUAACAAAGUACAAAAAGAAGGCAGAAGCUGAGCGAAUUCGGUGUGUUCAAGAAGCUAAAAGCAAGCAAUGGUGUGUUUAUUGUGGGAAAGAAGCUCAGUUUUAUUGUUGCUGGAAUACAUCAUACUGUGAUCAUGAAUGCCAACGAAAGCAUUGGAAUACCCACAUGACCCUUUGUGGCCAACACAGAGACACUAAUCAAGAUGAUUCUUCAACCUUAAAUAUAAAUGAUUCAAGAUCAAAAAUAAAGACUAAGACCAUAAAUCAAAAUAUUAUACAAUCUUUCAAAAGAACUCCGAAAUUGAAACAUAAUUUGGAUAAACCUACAAUAUCCAAUAAAUUCUAUUUAGAAAGUCCAAUCAUUUGA